AUGGGGAUCAAACGUUCCCUCCUCCUCAUCUCCAUCUUCUCCCUCGUGGCUAUCUCAGCUUGUGCUAGACCUCCUUCAGACAUUACUGAUACGCCCGAGUCACCCGAUUCCACACCCGAAUCACCUGAUUCCACACCCGAGGCACCUGAUGAUGACUAUUCACCUAAUGCACCAGAUGAAGCAGCAGACGGUUAUGCACCUCCACCUGAAGCACCAACCCCAUCUGCAACCUUUACAAUAUUGCCCGGCGGUAGUUACCCUGAGCUCGAUCAAAUUUGUGGAGCAACCGACUACCCCAUCGAAUGCGUAAGAUUCAUUUCUCCGUACUUGAACGACAGUAUCAAAAUCGACCCACUCAACGUCCUUAAAGUCGGGAUUCACGUAGCAACUAACAUGACCAUAGAAGCCCUCAAUCUCGCUAUAAAGAUUAGGGACGACCCCAAAACCUCACCAAAUGCUCAAUCAUGCCUUCGCGUAUGCACCGAAAACUACGACUUAAUCCCCGACGGCAACGAACUCGCUCUACGUGCCAUCGAGGAACGCAACUGGAGCGAUUUGAGAAACCAGCUGAGCGGCGAUCUGACCAGCGUAAACACCUGCAUCGACGUGUACCAUGAAGGUAACUUGGCAUCACCGAUGAGGGAUAUGGAUUCAGAUCUUUUAGCUCUGCACAGAGUCCUCCUCCAUAUCGCUGUCGACAUGGUCAAGUUUUAG